GUUUACAAACAGACGGCGCUUCAGUCGGCAUUUGGUCGGUAUUCCGUAACAGCGGAGCUAAAUGUUGCAUGUUCCUCACUUUUGACGUUUCUUUGACUGCAGCCGACGAGGUUCCUGCACCAACAUCACAAUGACACAAAUUAUAAUCCGCUUUGUUUGUCUAAUUAGCCGCACAACUUCGUUAGCAACAGUGAGCUAAUUGUUACGUAGCGCAGCAGAUGUCCCUGCAGCAUGUCUGCUUGAUUCAUUCCAACAGGUGUUGGUUACAGGACGGUCCAGUCUAUCCCUCAUGCUUUUUGUCAUUGCUAACUACACCGAAGAGAAUUGUAGGCUAAUUUUCUCUGGCUGGGUUAGCUUUAGGUAGCUUUUCUAUAUGUUCAAUCGACCUGUAGUCGUCUCCAGUUGAAGGAAAGUGAAUCACCUUUUUGUGUGUCAUGCUCGUCAGGUGCAUCCUGUCGAGUCCAAUCAGAUCGACAUGUGCCACUGCUAAGAUAGCAUGUUCACAGAGGGGUUUUGCAGUCAGUCAACUAUUGUUUUUGAAGCACAAUCCCGUAGGUAUUAGUGACUUGAAAAACACAUCUGUACACCGAUUCCAACUUAAGGCACAGCCCUGUCUGCAUCAACUAACAGUGUGUGACAUGCAGGCAGCUAAUAUCUCGUAUGGAAAGGAGACCACUGCAGUUGCUUCAGAUGAUGAUGAAGAUGACGAGGGUGGUGGUGCAGGUGUAGUUGCGCAGGAGCGUGGGAGAAAGGAUGAGAAGUUGAUGAAGGCAAUGCUGAUUCCAGGUCAGGUGGAUGUAGUCAGCAUGGAGGUGCUGCAAGAUAAGACUGACACUGGAAGCUGGGGAUUGUCAACUCCAGCUGGAUCGGAUGAGAAGACAAAAAGCAAGAGGCGGAGGGAGAAAAGGAACUGGAGGAAGAAGAAGCUCAAGUCAUCUGACACCACAAACGAUUUAAUGUCUGAGCUUCCAUUUGCUCUGACCAGCCCCACCACAUGGGAAGAGCUUGGAUACUCCGAUGAGAAGAGGCGAAAGAGAAAGAGAGGAGACAACGGAGGGCGAGUGGACAGUGAAGAGGACGCAGAGAAGAAGAAAAAGAAGAAGAAAGAAAGUCAGCGACCAAAUUACUUUGUCUCUAUUCCAAUCACUAACCCACGGAUCAGUUCUACUGUUCUGGAGGUCCAGGAGGCGGUGCUUAAGCAGGAGCUAAGACUGGCAAAAGCCAUGAUCCCCGUCCCAACUCUCCACAUCACGCUGUUAGUCACUCAUCUCGCCAAUCAGGAGCAAGUAGACCUGGCGGGAUCCGUGCUGGCUCAGGCUGAGCCCUCAUUGGCUGAGCUGUUGGGAGGGCGGGAUCUAGCGUUGCCCUUCUCGGGGAUCAGUCAUUUCAGGAAGGAGGUGGUGUUUGUCAGUCUGGCCCCCGGACAGCACAGACACACACUGGACAGUGUGGCAGAGUUGUUGCGGAACCGUUUUGUGGAGCAGGGUCUACUGCAGGGAGACGGUCGUGGGUUUGAACCCCACCUCACCAUUAUGAAGCUGUCCAGAGCAUCAAAACUACGAUCACAGGGUAUAAAACGUGUAGACCCGGCUCUCUACUCCAACUACACUACCAAGUUUUUCGGAGAGCAGACAGUGGAGCGGGUGGAUCUUUGUUCCAUGUUGAAGAAGAAGCAACAAGACGGAUAUUACCACACUGAGACUUCACUACAGCUUGAUUUGGUUCAGAACCCACUCCGUGCCAAACGUUCAAGUGGUCGUCGCCGGUCUGAGCCCGACGAGGCAGAGCUACUCAGGGUCAGCAGGCGAUUGGUCGAAGAUGCUGUCAAUCGCGCCUUACAACAGUACAAACAGGAAACACUCCAAAAUGGGGGCGGGCCUAAUGCCACAGCAAUGCAGCCCCCUGGAAAUACUGAGGAAACUGACACAAAGUUGGACACUACAGCUAACUCCACCACAGGCAACAGGAAGUGACAUCAACGGACUGAGUUACAAAGACUUGGAAAAAGGAUCCGCCCAGAAAACAUCAGCCAGGCCUGGCAGAGCAGGAGAAGGGUCAGGGAGCUCUGAGCACAAACGCCUGAACCAGCCAACCAGUCAGCCCAGUUUGCUGAUCCAAACCCAGCUAGCCAGUCAUGCUAGCCUCUGCCCAACUAAACGAGCUGGAAACCGUGCUAGUAAAAUGUAGCUUGAGUUCAGUGCUAUGUGACUGACCCAACAGGCCAGCUAGCUCAGUCAGCUAGUUUACUCACGAACUGUGGUGUCCCUCAUCUGACAGCAAGGCUACCAUCCCUCCAUCUUUAACUCAGCCGAGGGUCCAAAUACCUGAUAAGCACUCCUGUAGAGACACACAAGCACACGUUGGGUUCCCUUUGACCUGUCAGUCACAAACUGCCCUUUUGAGAAAAUGAUAAUGAGAUUUUUGACAUUUAUGUUUAGCCUUUCUUUGGAAAAAUCUGUGCUAUCUUCAGGAUUUCUCAACUGCUCACCUUAAGGAGGAUGUGUGGGAGAAAGCUGCAUUGAUCUAUGGCGUCUUAAGUUGUGACUGGAUUCUUCAAAAUUUGGUUGGAACUACAGUAUGUUGAAUUUGGUCUGUGUCGGAUAUUUAGUUUUCUGUUUUUGUAGUCUGGGUUCAUAGCACUGCAUACAAAACUGCAUUUUUGUAUUAAUUCCAAUUCUUUAAAGUUGUCAAACCACAACUAUACUUGAAGUAUUAUGAUAACAAAGUGUGUCCCGUGGAGGAAGCACUGAGACAAUCAUGAAGUGAGGAUAAUUUGAUAAGCUCUGAAUUUACAUAUUCAAACUAAAAAAUAAGCGACGUCAGUUUUUAAAAAGCUUAAUCUGGACCCUUCUGUCGGGCCCUCAAACACUAUAGAUGCAAACAGCUGUUACCAUGUUUAUUCAUCUCCACAGCACAAAAGAAGUUAGGGGACUUAGACAUUAUUAGUGAUGCUUAAAAUGAAACUACACUGCUAGAGAACACUACCGUUGACACGAAUGCAUUUUGCCCCCGUUAAUGCCAAACCCUCCUUUAAAACCCUCGAGUGACGGGCUACUACGUACAGACACAGCUUCCUGCUUCUUCAUUUAGCAUUUUAUUCUUUUCUUUAUUGUUAUAAUUUAUCAUCAGUUUCCCUCUGUUAAAUGAGCUUGAAGCAGCAGCACAGUGCAAAUAUUAUGUUUCGUUUUUUGUUGGUGUUAGAGUCUGGUCUGGACUGGAGCCUCAACCUGUUGGGUUGAGGCUCAGUGAUAUAUUGGAGGUGUUAAUGCUGAUCUGAGAGGCUGUUUUUGUUUCAGUAUUGUUAUUGUGAGAGCAGUUAAUUGGAUGCUGACAGGAUGCUGAUAGGUUAAUUUAAACAAUCCCUGCUGUCAGUUGAAAACCAUCCAGGACAUACAUUUCAUUGUCUUCCACCCAUUUAUUAAAAAGAAAAAAAAAAGUGUUUAAACUUGAAAAUGAAAAAGGCUUUUCCUGCUCUGCAUCUUCCUCCAGCUAAUGAAUCCCCUUAAGAAACACACUGUGUGAGUUUCUUUAAAAACUCCACUUCCUGAAAAUGAGGCUUUCAACUUACAGCAAGCGGACGACGAUGAUGAAACUGUGAUAACACAGGUUAUUGCUUUAAGCUCUAACUUUAUUUAUGUUUUUGUUUUUUUAAACUUUUAAACUAUUAUUUGUAAUGAUUUGGUUUGAAAUUAGGAGAGA